GAUGUCUCCACUGAUGGCCGAGGUCAACCGUUAGUCAGUCUUCACCGCCGCGAUCCCCAUCCCAUCCCAUCCCAUCCCAUCCAGUCAAAUGCAAUUAAAUCUGAUAUAUACCCCGCUGUGCCCAUCCGGUUUGCGACCAUAGCACAACGGUAGCAGUAGCCACCCCCGCGCCGGCAGCUCAGAUGCAUGAGAUACCGAAGGCGACUUAUUCGGGAAGGAAGGAGGGGGGACAUGGGGACAAUGGACUUAGUGCCACGAUGUGCGGGGCAUCUGUGUCUGUUCCUGCCUGCAGUUGUUCUGGCUCUCAGAGGAAGCCCUUAAAGCCUCCGCUGUCCCCCCGCCGCCUUGCAGUCCCACCCUUUCCCUUCGUCCUUUCCUCUCGUCCUUUCCUGUCUCGCCCCUACCAAUCCAGCGCCCCACGAUCACGAUGUCUACCCCGAAAUUGAACCCUCCAUUCAAGGCCGAGCACUUGGGCUCGCUGUUGCGUCCCGACUACCUUCUUGCUGCUCGCAAGCAGUUUGACAAGAAGGAAUUGAGCGCUGCAGAACUGAAGGAUCAUGAGGACAGGGCCAUUUCAGAGGCUGUUAAGAUGCAGAAGGAGGUUGGGCUGAAGGGUCUGACCGACGGAGAGUACAGACGUCACAUGUUCUACGAUGGCUUCUUCGAGCACCUCGAAGGCUUCACUGAGGUCGAUGCUCCUCCUCGGGAAAUCUUCAAGUUGUACGUACCCGAUAUUGCAGCUUUCCUCGCCGAGAACACCAAGCCGGCCGCAACCACACUCUGCACUGGCAAGAUCAAGCACGUCAAGAGCGGAUACCUUCCCCAGUUCGAGGAGCUCAAGAAGUUCGUUGAUCCUGAGGAUAUCCCAAACAUCAAAAUGACUUUGGCUGCUCCUGAAUGGUUCCAUUUGCGUCACGGUCAACAUGCCUACAGCAAAGAUGUGUACAGCAACGAUGAAGAACAUUUCAACGACAUUGCCGCUGCAUACCGUACCGAGCUUGACAUUCUGUACAAGGCUGGCGUUCGCAAUGUCCAGAUUGACGAUCCUCUGUUGGCUUACUUCUGCGACGAGAACAUGUUGAAGGGAAUGAAGGCGGAUGGCGAAGACCCAGCGGAGAGACUUGAUGCCUACAUCCGCCUCUACAACAACUGCCUGCGUGACCGCGCCACCAACUGCCCAGAUCUGGUUGUUGGCCUUCACUUGUGCAGAGGAAAUUUCCGGCACUCGAUCCAUUUCUCGGAGGGUGGCUACGAGCACAUCGCCGUGAAGCUCUUCAACGAGAUCAACGUUGACACCUAUUACCUGGAGUACGACACGGAGAGAGCCGGAUCCUUCGAGGCGCUCAAGCACCUCCCCAAAAACAAGUCCAUCGUCCUCGGUCUCAUCACCUCCAAAUUCCCGGAGUUGGAGAACAUCGACGACCUGCAGAAGCGUGUCCAGGAGGCGGCCAAGAUCAUCGCUUCUGGAAGUGAAGAGACCGAAGAGGAGGCCAUGAAGAGAAUCUGUGUUUCUCCUCAGUGCGGGUUCGCAUCGCAUGAAGAGGGCAACCUCCUCGGCCACGACGAUAUGAAGAAGAAGCUUGCCCUUGUCGUUGAGCUGGCCCAGAAGAUCUAGAUAUCUUGAGAUGGGAGGAACCUCGGCGCGGAAAUUUCUUUACAUAACUUUCAAAAGUCCUUGGUUUGAUUCUAGGUUUAAUUCCAAAUACAAUCAUGAGUGUGGAUGGAGGAAAUAAAUGCAUACUCGCAACAAAUCGGACCGCUGUGAUCCAAGAGUGCAUGCAAGUGCUUAGUUACUCUAUGUAUGACGGAAUUGCGCAGAAAAAGCAACGUCGUGUCAGGGGGUCCAAUGCGGCUCCAGGUUCUGGCGAGUUGAGGGAUGGGGAUCUUUACAGGUACUCUACAUGCAUAUCUACAUG